GACAACUACGGUAUGUAAUACAUGAUGGUCGAUGUUUGACUUCAAAUUUGACACGACAUUGACGAGUUGUUGACAUACCCUUCACGGCCAAAGACCGCAACAUCAGGAACGCAGAAGAGGAAAAAGUCCAACGAUCAUGGCUAAGGCAACAACAAUUAAAGAAGCUUUGGCAAAGUGGGAAGAGAAAAAUGGACAAAAAGCAUCUGAAGCUACUGAAGUAAAGUUAUGUGGAUGUUAUCCCCCUAUAGAGAAGAUGGAUGCCUCUUUGUCAACUCUUGCCAGCUGCACAAAACUGUCUUUGUCGACUAAUGCAAUUGAAAAAAUUGCAAAUUUGAAUGGUUUAAAAAAUCUCACAAUUUUGUCUGGAAGAAAUGCCAUCAAAAGUUUAACUGGUCUGGAAGCAGUUGGUGACACAUUACAAGAAUUGUGGAUCUCCUACAACAACAUUGAAAAACUGAAAGGCAUCAAUGUUCUCAGAAAACUGAAGGUCCUGUACAUGUCAAACAACUCUGUCAAGGCCUGGGAAGAGUUCAUGAAACUAGCAGAUUUACCUGUCUUGGAAGAUUUGCUUUUUGUAGGCAACCCAUUGUAUGAGGAACAAGAGGCUAACAACACAUGGCGGGACGAAGCAUGCAGACGGCUGAGUAAACUGAAAAAGCUAGAUGGUGUUCCUGUGGUAAGAGAUGAAGAUGCAGACUAAUCAAUACAUAAAUCACCGAGUGAUCAAGGGGAGACAACUACAAUCUGUGAUCCGUCCAAACUUCCCUCGACUCAUUCCUUUCUUAGUCCAUCUUAUUGGUAGAAUCCAGUGACUUUUACUCCUCAUUUCUCCUCUGAGCAAAUUUUCGUAUUUGUUAUCUGAAUUUUCUGCUGAUGUACAUUUGACACAAGGACAUUAAAUUGUUAUAUUUUCUUUAA